UGGUAAAUCACAUGCCCAAGAUCUGCAAUAACCUAGCCCUACUUCGCUUGUAUUUAUAUCGUUUGUCUUCAGUUUGCCGGUUUUUCUCUACCGCUCAUAUCUCACCAGACGGUCGUCCGCAGUCUUCACCCCGCAGUUCGUCUAAUAUACUGAGGUUAGUCGAUCAGAUUCCGGCUGGAACAGUUAUGGCAGUCGGUUCAGCUUAUAUAUAUAGGAUUAUGGUUUAACUGUAUUUGGUUUUGAUUAAUUGAUUAGGUAAGCAGAGGUCGAAGCAACUCCAAUGGCCCCGAAAGGUGAUGUUACUAAAAAGGCUGACCCAAAGGUACAGGCUGCAAAAGUCGCCAAGGCAGUGAAAGGUGGGACUACCUUCAAGAAGAAGGGAAAGAAAAUCCGCACCAAAGUCACUUUCCACAGGCCAAGAACAUUUAAAAAGGAAAGGAACCCUAAAUACCCCCGGAUUAGCGCUACUCCUAGGUGCAAGCUUGACCAUUUCCAAAUUCUUAAAUAUCCUUUGACAACAGAGUCUGCAAUGAAGAAGAUUGAGGAUAACAACACCCUUGUUUUCAUUGUUGAUAUCCGUGCUGACAAGAAGAAAAUUAAGAAUGCGGUCAAGAAAAUGUAUGAAAUUGAGACCAAGAAGGUCAACACUUUGAUCAGGCCUGAUGGUACCAAGAAAGCAUAUGUGCGAUUGACUGCAGAUUUUGAUGCAUUGGAUGUUGCAAACAAGAUUGGAAUCAUCUAAACCCAAAACUGUAAUCUGUUGCAGCCCCAAGUCUGAAAUUGAAAGUUUUGUUACUUGUUUUGGAGUUGGUAGCUUGAGAGUUGCCCCUGUAGUAUUUCAGAGGCGUUUAAUCUGUUUAUUUCUGAAUUUUGAUUUGGCAGUGUCAUGUUAUUUUGGAGAUUAUGAACUUAAAUUGGUACAUUUAUUUAAUCUUCAUUUAGUUUUUUUUAAUAUGUUUUUGAAAAAGCACUUGGCGGCUUAACUUAAACAAUCUGAAAUUGUUGUUUUCAAUACGUGCUACUUGUGCUUAAAUAACUAAAAGCUAAAAGUUUGUAUAUACUUUUGUAAAUAAGCUCAACCUCAGGUCCUC